UGACGUGGUUUGUUUAUAAUGGCGGACACUAAAGCAGAAAGUUCAGUUGACAGUUCAGCUCUGAUCCCGAACAGCGGGAAUGUCUCCUCUCAGACAAACAAUCCUCUGGCCAGGAAGCUUAAUAAGAUUUUGGAAACCCGGCUGGAUAAUGACAAAGAGAUGCUGGAAGCUCUGAAGUCACUCUCGGUUUUCUUCACUGAGAACAGUCUACGGACACGAAGGAAUCUGAGGGGCGACAUCGAGAAGCGCAGUCUGGCCAUCAAUGAAGAAUUUGUGCGGAUAUUCAAAGACGUGAAAGAGGAGCUGGAGAGUAUACAUGAAGAUGUCCAAGCCAUGAGCUCUUGUUGUGAAGAAAUGACCAAUAGGUUAAAGGCAGCUAAAGAACAAACCCAGGACCUGAUUCUGAAAACCAACAAACUACAAGGAGAAAAUCAUCGUCUGGAAGUGCGAGCGCAGGUGGCCCAGGCUUUCCUGUCAAAGUUUCAACUGUCCAGUGAAGAAAUGGCUAUUUUACGCGGUGCCCGUGACGGCCCAAUAACCGAGGAUUUCUUUAAAGCUCUGACUCGGGUGAAGAGCAUACAUGAGGACGUCAAGGUUUUGCUCAGGACCAACCAGCAAACAGCAGGACUGGAGAUCAUGGAGCAAAUGGCAGUGUUGCAGGAAACAUCAUAUGAGCAACUCUACCGCUGGGCACAGAAUGAGUGUCGGGGGUUGACUCAGGAGACGUGUGAUGUUCCUCCAGUGCUGACUCAAGCCAUGGAGGCUUUGCAGGACCGUCCUGUUCUUUAUAAGUAUACACUGGAUGAAUUUGGCACAGCCAGACGUAGUGCUGUGGUCCGAGGCUUCAUCGAUGCACUAACGCGGGGGGGUCCAGGGGGCACCCCCAGACCAAUAGAGAUGCAUUCUCAUGACCCUAUGAGGUAUGUGGGGGACAUGCUGGCAUGGCUGCACCAAGCUACAGCUUCAGAGAAGGAGCAUCUGGAGGCUCUCCUUAAACAAGUCACAGUGCAAGGUGUUGAGGACAGCAUGCAGGAAAUUGUUAGCCAUAUAACUGAAGGGGUUUGCAGACCACUGAAGGUGCGGAUUGAGCAGGUUAUAGUAGCAGAGCCUGGCGCUGUGCUGCUCUACAAACUAUCUAACCUACUAAAGUUCUACCACCAUACAAUCAGUGGCAUCAUUGGCACAAGUGUUGCAUCUCUGUUGAUUACUAUUGAAGAGAUGCAUGUCCUCAGUAAGAAGAUGUUUUUCAACAGCCUUAGUCUCCAUGCUAGCAGACUCAUGGACAAGGUGGAACUGCCUCCUCCUGAUUUGGGCCCCACAGCCUCCCUCACUCAGACACUUUCUCUCCUUAGAGAGGUUCUUGCCUCCCAUGACUCCUCUGUUCUCCCCCUGGAUGCCCGCCAGGCUGACUUUGCUCAGGUGUUGUCAUGCAUCCUGGAUCCUCUGCUACAGCUCUGCACUGUGUCUGCCAGCAAUUUGGGCACUGCAGACAUGGCCACAUACAUGGUGAACUCUCUCUACAUGAUGAAAACUACUUUGGCAUUGUUUGAGUUUACGGACAAACGGCUAGAGAUGCUUGAGUUCCAGAUUGAGGCUCACUUGGACACUCUGAUCAACGAGCAGGCGUCCUAUGUGCUGACCCGAGCUGGACUCGGCUACAUCUACAACUGUGUUCAGCAGUACAGCACGGAGCAGGGUCCUCUAUCCAACCUCCCAAGCAUGGACAGUUCAUCUCUAAAAGCAGCUAUGGUCCAGUUUGACCGCUACUUGUCAUCUCCUGAUGCUUUCAUGAUGCCUCAGCUCAACUUUCUCCUCAGUGCAGCUAUCAAAGACCAGAUUUUCAAGCAGUCCACAGAGCUGGUGUGCCGUGCAUAUGGAGAGAUGUAUACAGCUGUAACCAACCCGACCAACAACUACAAAGAGCCUGAGAGUGUGUUGCACAGAUCUCCACAGCAGGUACAGACCCUGCUGUCCUGAGCUCCAGCACACACUCCCACACAUCUUUACUGCGUCUGAACCAGUAUAACUGACUUUGACGUCCGGAAGAUCGGGUGCCAUACACUGGCUGGGCGGCAAUAUGAGCCAAUCAGUCAGAGGUGGACAUAAGGUGGAUUCUAGUGGUGUGGCUAGGGUAGACAUGGGUGGUGAUGGUGUGUUUUAAACUUUUAAGCCACUUGGUGUCCUUCUCUUCAGCUCCCACAUUGUUAUGGGUAAAAGGCUCUGUUUAAGGAAGAGAGAGAACAGCUCGCACUCUGAAAAAACAAAACAUAUUUUUCUUCUCCACAUGAACGGAUUCCCACUGGCAGGCCUGGGAGAACAAACUAAAGACCUUUCAGCACCAGACACAUACAUUCACGCACAGACACACAGUGCAUACAGAUACAGAUGUACAAACCCAUCUACUCUAUUAGGGCUGCACGAUAUAUUGUUUCUUCAUUGUUAUUGCGAUGUCUGCUUUUGCAGUGCUGAUGUUUAUUAACUAAUUGCUGUGUUAGCAUUUUGACCAAACAACUUUUUGUUCAAAGUAUGCCUGUGCCCCGUGACAGUUAACUGAGUUACCUUGUUAACAGCUCUGAAUAAUGCUUAAAAAUUCAUUUACCAGCAGUCAAAAAAUGUGUUGACAUUUGCAUUGCAGAUCAUAUCAAGACAGUUAACUUUUAUACAUGCUGAGUAAUGUAUCCUACAGUAAUACCACAUCUGUGUACCUAACAUGCUGUAGAUGAGUGUCAUCAAAACACUGCUGCUAGUUGAACAUGCUCAGUGCUGCAGGCAGAUAUCAUGCCUGUACAAAAAGCUGUAUAUGCGACGGUGUGCAUUUUAGCAUAUCCUCAGAGCGCAUAUGUCAAACAAAACGUCUUGUCUCACAAGAAAAAUACUGCCCUGUCCCAGCUCUCAUACAAUCAGGCUAAGCUAAGUGACUUCAGAGACCACAGCAUUGGACUGUAAACUUUGUGUGGUAUUCACAGCGCCCUUCUUUAUUACUAGAUAAAUUAUACUUCUGUGGCUGCUUUAAAGAUCAACUGACUACAACCACAUCUUUUAUUGAACUGCACGUGCCAUGUUCAUUUUUUUUUAAACUCACAUUGUAUUACUGUGCUUGCUCCUGUGUUCAGAGUUAUGAGCUGUCUAAAAAUUGAAAUUGAAUAGUGAUAAUAGUAAUAAUAAUUAUAGAAACACUUUCUUCUGGUCAUUUUUAGGCAUACAUGAACACAGCAUACCGGUUUUAUACUAUACGGUUAUUCUGGCCUUGACACAAGCCUAGCUCAAAAAUGCUGCAGUCAAUAUUCAAUCAUGUCACAUUAUUGAUACUAGCUAUAUUUAAAAAUUAAUAUAAUAAGGCAUAUCACAUGACGUAGUUAGAGGUACGCAAUGUGGCAAAAAUACAAUAUUACAAUACACAGUACGUCACAAGACUUUUCCAGACAUCUGGUUAGUUGGUAGAGAUGAAGUAAUGCCACAUUUGCAUUAAAUAAAUUGCAUCUAAAACUGAAUAUAGUUAUUUCUAUUAAAAAAAUUAAUAUCCUGUACUGCACUAAAUCCUCCUAAACAGGACUAAUUCUGCUCUAUUUGUAAUCAAACAUACAGGUGGUCAGUGUUCUUGGAGUGUGGGCGAUAGCAAUGACAUGGCCUUAAGAGCAUAUUAUGCUAUGCCGUCAUCAUAUUGUAAUUUAUCACAGUAAUGCUAUAUAUUUUCAUAUUGCCUAGCCCUAAUCGCUGUACUUGUAUUUUGUCUAUAUUGUGCAGUCCUAUACAUGAUCUUAAACACAGUGGUUCAUUUUUCAACCAUAUGCACACAGAUACGAACACACUCACGUAGAGCCCAGUCUGACUCAGUUCCAGGCUGUAAUAAGAAACAGUUCUGCCUUUCUUCUCAUUAAAUCUUCUUUUUUUCUCCCGAACUGCAUUAAAAUACACCCAAAUGUGCA